GGAGCAGCAAACUCUCGAACUUUUCGAUUUUUUGCAGAAUUCCAAUCCAAUCCAAUCCAAUUUUUUUUUCUGACUAGUAGAUUCGCUUCCUCGCCUUUCUUCUGUUUUUUUCGCAGAGUUUUAGACUCAUAGGUGCGUGGGUCUUCGGGUUCCUUAAGUACCCAAUGACACUCAGACCCAGUUUUUAACAAAAGGCCGCAACAGAGAGACAAAAAACUGCAUGUGAGCGACAGAAGAACUGCACCUGAGCGAAGAAAAAGGCCGUGAGAGACACCGACAAGAGAUGCAGAAAAACCGCUGUUGUACAGUACAUCAAAUAGGGGCCAUCUUUGUCGUUUUGUGCUUCUUUCCAUAAUGCGAGCGCGCGUGCCGACGGAAGGCGAGUAAAUUCGAGGGUUCUAAAAAAAGUUGCGACCGUGCACGCUUGUUAGUAUUUUUCAUUCUUUGUUAUCUACUGUAUUGCAGUCGGGAUGCUUGAUUGUGGUCACAUCGCCCUUCAUGCAUGUACAACAAUACGAAGUUAUCAACGAUAAAGAACCCAAACAGAAGUACAACUACAAUUUUUACCCCCCCCCCGGCCGCAACUGUUGACACGCAUCACGAGACACCACCAACCACCGUGUUAAGGGCUGAAGAAAACACAUAGGUGUAAUACAUAGAUACGAGGACGAGGAGAGUACAGCAUCGUCUUCUGCAAAGACUAAGUAUUUGCACAAAAAAAUCAAAGAGUUUCAGUUCACUUUCCCUUUCAAAAGAAACAAAAUGGCGCGCUCGAAGAUACGACCCACUCAAGCUUGACAAAGUCGACAGUGAGAUGAUGCAUAUAUUAGCUAGCUGCGUGUCAACAUAUCUGAGUUUUCACAAAGAAUCAAUGAAGAGCAGCGAGAACAACUAUAGCACUGCGCUCUUUCUUGCAAAGUUUGCUAAAAGUAGAUGCGAGCAAGAACGGUAAAAAUGUCGUGCUGCCCGAACCUUGUCAUGCUCAUGUUCAUGCUCAUGCUCAUACCUGCGCACUAGAAAUCUGUAACUCUGCGAAAGGUGUUGCACUUGACUUGCAACAACCCAUGCAUGAUGUUGAGCAAUUUUUUUUUGACGCUCUGCCUCUCAUUUGUCACACGUGGCAUUGUCACAGCUGAGCGGGUCACACUGGCGGAACGGAGGACUUGUGAACAAGGUGAAUGGAGUAUGUGAAGAAGAAGAAGAGAUAUUAGUCUUACUUUCAAACCACCAGCACCUCCCCAGUGGGACGAGCAAACGUAGUUUUUUUUCAGCCAGAAAAAAGUGCCGCUACUGCAAACUCAGGCAGACAAAGGGCAAGAAAAAAGCGUACGAUCGUUGUGUGUCGCAAGACCAGAUCAUAUCUAUGCAUUUGGUCGAAAUGACAAAGAUAAAGAAAGCUUGAAUACUUAUGACGAGUUUUUCUUCUCUUCCAUACCACGAGACGACGAGUCACCAGGUGUACCAGCAGAACUGCAAUGACAUUUUGAAAGAAAUGGUACUUGAAAUUAGCACAGAAUAUGUUUCUUCAUGAGUCAUGCAUGGAUUGGAUAUUUUUCAUACUUUUCCAAAAAGUCUUUUCGUGCGCGCAACCGUGUUUCUGCAUGAUCUAUGUGGAAGGACAAGGCGUUUUAUACCGUGUAGAACGAAGGCAUAUUUGCUUUACAAUACUUCAGGACGCGAUGCGUGGGAUGCCGAGCGCCGGAGAUAUGUCCGGCGACGACGAUCAUGGUAUUGGGAUCGGCCAGCGAAAUAUCCAACAGAAAAAUUAUGUUUAGUGUUGUUGAGGAUGAAGCAGCAUUAGAAAUUUGUCUGCCAUGAUAGCAUCUACAUGAAAUUGAAGACGAGCACGACCUUGUAGAAGAACAAGCCCUACGCCCAGAAUGGCAGAUGCAAUGCUCUUGCAUGCUCUGCAUUACAGACUCACACUAACGCAGCUUUUUUUCUGUAUACGAAAGAAACCACGGGUUUUUCCUCCGCAGAAGCAAUGGGACGGCGUGUAUCAAAAUGAAAAUCGCCCCAACGGCAGCGGCACAAAAAAAAGAAAGAAAUGCAUAUAUUUGCUUCAUGCGAACUUUCAGGCAUAUCUAGAUUUCUUUAAUAGACAAGCAUAAGGAUGAGUACCAUCUUGCAGAAGUAGCACCACAUCACUGAAGAAAGAAGUAGAAGGAAGAUGGAAUUUUUUUCUGGGAAUCAAAGUGUAUGUUUCUGUUUCUCGCAAUCGCACAUGCAUUUCGGGGCUACUUUCGGCUUGAUAAUUUGAUGACCGAGUUGAAAAGCGUGCAGAUCAAGCGGUUGGCCCGUAGGGGAGGCGUGUCCCGGCUCUCCAGAAAAGUCGCCCUAUCAAGUGCAAACAUUAGUCGGGUUUUUCUGGCCAAUUUGCUAUCAAAAUUGAAUCCGAAGCGCAGUUCGAUAGUAGUAUGCAAGCGUGCAUGAUAAAUUUUUCAGAAACUAUAUUAAGUUGCUUGGAGUGCUGCUGAGUGAUCCCUUGCGUCAUGAAAAAGAACAAGAAAAGCGAGUGGUGCUUCUGGUUUGUGCCCACUUCUUGAUUCUGCCAACUACCUAAGUCAGUGUGACAUCUUCGGCCGUGGCAGAAGAAGACAACUCUCACAACAUUCUAGACCCUGACGUGUUUCACGUGCAUAGACUCCGGAGGUGCGCGACCUGGUGCAGAAGUGGAUGGAGAUAUGCUGUGUAACAAGAUCAUCUUCAACACCAAUUUGUAAUGAGGGCAUGCAUAGCGAUAGCCAUAGAGAUGGACAUGGUCCUUUAAGAUAAAGAUUAAGUUUAGAUAGUUUUGCUUGUGUGUUUUUUCACUGGUGCACAGUUUCAAAAUUGGUAGCGUUGAUGAGGGUGAUUUUGCACAGAAUAGGGGAAGUUCGUCGAGAUCAUGGUGUUGUUCUGCGAUAACUCCAACAAGACAACCAUCCGCGUGCGAGAUGUCACGCAGACCAUGAAGCGUGUGGAGAAGAUAUCAACUUGAAAUUUCGCGUUCCAGACUCCCAAAAGAUAAAGUAAGGUAGGAUGUCAACAAUGUUAUUGCAUUUCAUUGCACUCGUAGGUGUAGGAUAGAAAAAGAAAUAGUAAGUACAACCAAGCAAAUACAAAUUUUGUACAUCUUUGUCUUUGUGGAGAGGUGGAACGAGAGGAUUUCACUGGGAUACAGCAAGACCAUUCUGGGGUACUCGAAGUAGAAAACCGGGUUUUUCGAGGAGGAGGAAUUUGAUGUUUAGUCGUUUGACUCGAUGAUCUGCUCAGUCCGCAGUCGAAUGAAAUGGUAGCAGUUAGUAGAGCCUUUGCAUCUUUGAAAAUUUUUGGUAUCAGACCUGAUUGCAGUUUUUCAUCAAUUUCAAAAUGCAGUUUUUACUUAUAAAUGAAUACGUUUAUUGCAGAAUCAAGUACCGCUUUCGGGAGGCAGCUCUCGACUAGAUGAAACACCGCUGACGAGUCUCAAUGGCGAUGUUGCAGUUGUUUAUGUUGUUGUGUUGAACUUUCUUGAUUUUGUUUGUUUCCUGCCCGUGCCACGCCUUUUUCGGCGAGAGAAGUACUCAUUUCAAGUGUUUUCUGAGGUGAUGUAGGACCAGGUGUAACAAGGAACUUCUCAGAGCUAUUCGCUAUUGCAUUGCCGUGACUUUAUUUUGCUGCAGUCUCUUUUCGCAGAGUUGCGAAGUUUUGUACGAUUCCCACCAUCUUCGCUACUCGGUAGCAUCAAUGCCACAAAACUUUAUUUUAGAACUACUUCAAUGUUUCUAUUACGCUAUGCGAACUUCUUUUUUACUUUUUUUAGAUUGAAAGACCGACGGAAGCACGUCGAGAAGAAAACACACAGCAAUCUGAAUAGAUUUAUUUCCGGACAAACAAAGUUGCGCUCGACAGGGUGGCGAGGGCGACCCUUGUUGCGUCAGAGAACUAUUUUGCGAACUUUUUGGACGAUUUGGUGCUGAGAUUGAUAUGAUUCUUUUGUCGGUUCAAUUUGUAGCUUUGCCUACCUUGAACUGAACUGUUGUUUCUG